AAGGGGAGUUAGGUGGAGAUCUCAGCUAGCUCGCGAUUUCCUUAACAAACCGACCCUGAAGAACAGUUCACGAUGAUAUAUCCGCACGGCAUCUGAACACCAUGCGUCCUACUCCCAACUUUCGUUCCCCAGCGCCUGAGAAAGUUCCUUCAAGUGUGCCUUACACGCUGCCAGACGAUCACGAUGAUCAGGAUGAACGACACUGGGUGAUAAACACCAUCCGCCACAAAUGCACAGCAUCAUAUCUGACCCCCAAGCGACUCGAGUACCACCGCAGUUCUUCAUUCUGCGAUAGCGGUUAUCGCUUUCAUCUAACGGCGGCAAUAACGUCACGGGCGCAGCAAACGCGGAUGACUUUUGAUGCCCAGGUUAAUAAGCUGGUCCGAGUUGUUGAGUGUCACAGGUGUUGGCUAGCUGAUGGAGUUAGGUUCCAACUAGCGUCAUCAUCUACUGUACAUGACCGGCGCUGGCGAAACCCUAAUCACCACUCGAACGGGAAAGCUACCAGCUCGAAGUGUGAUUUCUCACAGCUUGGGGAGCCGUAACUGUAGUAAGUGCAGUUGUCCGUUGGGCCAUGCGACAUUAUCGUCAAAUAGAAUCCCAAGAUGAUCGAUGACAGCUCAGGCAGCUGUCUGUGGCAGUGGCGAGUGCCGGAAUGGGCCGCCGGGUGCAUGCAGCAUACAUGACCGAGUCGUUGCGGAGAAACGUUUGCUAGCUGAACCGGAUUGACACGUUAUUUGACCCCCUAC